AUGAUCACCCUCACUCCCCUGAGCUCUUCGGCCACUUCAUCCUCCACCUCCGAACCAUUAUGCUACCUCCUCGAGGUGGAUGACGCCCGUAUACUGCUGGACAUGGGUCAGAGUGACUACACUGCUGCCUCCUCACACUCUUCAUACGAAUACGAGAACAAAGUCCGCGAACUCGCUCCCACCCUCUCGCUCGUACUCUUGUCUCACUCUCAAACCCGAUACCUCUCACUGUAUCCGUUUGCUAGGGCCAGAUGGGGUCUUCAAUGUCCAGUAUAUGCUACUCAACCCACCGUCGAGAUGGGUCGCGUGGUUUGUCUUUCCGAGGUGUAUUCUUGGCGCUCCGAACAUGCUGUGGACGACACAUCGGAUCAUUCCGCAAACCACUCGUCAGGUGGAUCCCCGGAUAAAGGGAAACAACCACUCAGAGGACCGUUCGUACCCACCGUGGAAGAGGUGCAUGAGGCGUUUGACUGGAUCAAAGCUGUCCGUUACAAUCAACCACUCCAUCUCGAUGGCGGUCUGUCACAUCUGUUGCUCACUCCGUUUCGGAGUGGACACACGCUAGGAGGGACUCUGUUCAAGAUCCGUUCACCCACCAGUGGGACAGUGCUCUACGCUGUUGGAAUGAAUCACACAGGUGAAAGACAUCUGGAUGGUAUGGUCAGCGGGCAAGGAGGUCCUUCAGGUUAUGAAGAAGGAGUUCUUAGACCUGACUUGCUCAUUGUGGAAGGUAGCAGAGCCACUGUUGUCAAUCCAAAACGUCGAGAGAGAGAAACAGCUUUGAUAGAUGUUGUCUCGUCCACACUUGAAGCUUCCAGAUCUGUAUUGAUGCCCGUCGACCCGUCCCCUCGGCUACUAGAGCUUUUGAUACUGUUCGAUCAACAUUGGACUUUCAAGCAGAUUCCCCCUGAAAAGAGAAACCAUCUCUACGUUCCUAAAGAAGAAGCCGAACGACAGUGGCCGUACCCUCUCUGUCUUGUCAGUCGGACGGGGCAUGACAUGGCUUCCUUUGCUCGAAGUCUGAUAGAAUGGAUGGGCGGGAUCGUUAGAGAGGCAGGUGGAGAGGAAGUCGUCGAUGAUCUUCCAACUGGAGGCAAAAAAGGGAGAAGAAAGCCCAUCGGUUUGGGAAACUCAGAGUAUGGACUGCUUGACUUCAGACAUGUCCGUUUCUUUGCCUCGCCUAUGGAUUUACUGCAAGGACUCGGACUGAACAGACCGAAGCUGGUCUUGGCCAUUCCGCCCGCUAUGAAUCAUGGUCCGAGUCGAUGGCUCUUCACAGCGAUGGGCAGCGUGGAGGGAAAUGUGAUACUGCUGACUUCCACGGGACAGGAUCAGUCUCUGGCGCGGGACUUGUAUAACGAGUGGGAAAAAAGCCAACCUUCUGGGUGUAAAUGGGGUGAAGGGAAGAUUGGGAAAUUGCAUCGUCUAGAUGGAAGCAUGACAGUAGAGCUCAACUCGAAAGUCCCAUUGAUUGGUGCCGAACUUGAAGCCCAUGUAGAAGCUGAGCGUCUGGAGAAAGAGCGUGAAGCGGCACAUCAGGCGGCUCUCAACCGAUCCGAGCGUAUGCUCGAAGCCGACGAUCUGGAAUCUGACUCCGAUUCUGAUACCGAAUCUUUAGACGCUGCAACCGGAGGACUGGUUCGAAAUCGCGCUGAAGGCGCUAAUGCCUAUGCUGGGGAUGGUGAAGAUGUGCGGACCAUGUCGUUUGAUAUUUUCGUCAAGGGUCAGCAAAUGCGGACUGGGAGAGGAACAGAAGGUGGUAUGGCACGUUUCCGAAUGUUCCCUUUUCUGGAAAGAAGAGGAAGGAAGAUUGAUGAUUAUGGUGAAGGUUUGGAUAUUGGACAAUGGGUGCGAAAAGGCAAAGAGAUUGAGGAAGAGGGAGAGACAGAGGAAGUGAGAGAGGCGAAGAGAAGGAAAGAGAUGGACGAGGAGAAACACCAAGACGCACCUGAACCUCCCUCGAAAUACGUCACCGAGAUCAAGACGGUAGAGCUCCACGCCUAUGUUUUCUUUGUCGAUAUGGACGGUCAAUUAGAUGGACAAGCUCUCAAAACUGUAAUAACAGAUCUUCAACCUCGAAAAAUCAUAAUUGUUCGAUCCACACCACAAGCCACAGAAAAUCUUCUCGACUACUUCCGUUCAGCUUCACUUAUCACACAUGACAUUCAUAUUCCCGCACUCUAUCAGACUUUAAGAAUAGGUGAACACGUGCAAUCAUAUUCGCUCAUAUUAGGAGAUAGCAUCUCCGCUUCUCUCGCUGGAAAAUGGUCCAAGUUCGAAGGAUUUGAAAUCACCAUGGUAGAUGGCAAGAUUGCUUUUUCUGCAGGAUCUACAGUCCCACAUCUCGAAACUUCAAAUGCAGUAAUCGAACCUGCUCCGAAACUAGAAAUCGAUCCUUCGAAAGAUGACAACACGACCCUCCCAGACUCAACCCAGGAAGUUCAACCUGUAACCGGGCAAGAAUUAAGUGAGGAUAUCGAAAUGACGGUCAAAGCUGAACCUAUCGAUCCAACACCACAAGAAAUCACUCAGAAACCCACUAGAAAUGUGCAAACUGCAGUACCGCUCCCUACUAGUUUAUUUGUGGGGGAUCUCCGAUUAGCUGUCUUGAAGAACAAAUUGGCAUCAUUGAACAUACCUGCAGAAUUCGCAGGUGAAGGUGUGUUGGUUUGUGGACCUGGGGUAAGUACUCCUGAGACGGCGAAAGCGGGGAGUUUGGUGGCUGUGAGGAAAGUGGGCACUGGGGAGAUCGUGUUGGAAGGAACGGUCGGGAAGGUUUAUUUCGAUGUGCGCAAAGCUCUUUAUGGGAGUUUUGCCAUGGUCGCUGCGGCGUAA